AUGGCAUGGAAAUACGAUGUUACGGGAAAAAAAAAAUCAAGUGAACCAAAAGGCAAAGAAAUCACUCUCAAGAUGGCUACGAAUGCUGUGCAACUCACUGUGGAUGGCAAGCAGCGUCUGGACCUCAGCAACAUGCAGAUCACCACCUUCCCCAGUUGCAUCCUGAAGUUCUGCACCGUGGACGAGCUGGACCUAAGUCAUAAAAUGCUGAAGAAGAUUCCCAACAGCAUCGACAUCUUUGUCAACCUGCGCUGGCUGGACCUCCACAGCAACCAGCUGGACCAGCUCCCCGAAGCGAUUUGGCACUUGCUGAAGCUGCACAAACUCAACUUGUGCAACAAGCUGCUGACUGCCCACAGCAUCCCGCAUGAGCUGAGCCUUCUCAGGAACCUGUGGAGCCUCAACCUGGGUCUGAACCACAUCAAGAGCCUGCCGCCCUCCAUGGGCGCCCUCAAGGAGCUCCAUGAACUUUCCCUCUUCAACAACCUGCUGAUGCGCCUGCCACAGUGGCUCCACCAACUACCAAACCAGCACACCCUCAAUGUUAAGUGCAACCCCUUUCCCCCAGAACACCCUCUUGAGCUGGACUCUAUUAACAGGGUGGACUGCCUCUAUGUUGUCAGGGAGACCUGCCUGUGCAGUGACUGCUGCCAGAAAUGUAAUGAGGAGAAAGGCAGGAUGGAGAGCAGGACGAGCAUAGCCCCUGUCCAGAGGACGGCUGUCAAUGCCAGGCUGGCCAGUCCAAACUCUGUGGCACAGACCAAUCAUGCAAGGUGCUGA